ACCAUUGCUUUAUGAAAGAACAACAAAAAGAAAAAAAGAAAACCAUUGCUUUAUGGUGGUGACAAAGUAAGGUUUGUUUCAUCAAAAAGAUGGUGGCACCCAUUGCUGUUUCUUCUCCAAAGUCCACACUUUUGCAGAACCCCAUCUGUUUUGGUGACUCAAGUUCAAGUUUUGUUGGGGGGUCUUUGAAGGGUCUUUGCUUCAAUCUGAAACGAAGGCAACAAAGAAGAGAAUUGACCAAUUUGGUUGUUGCUUCAUCCACCUCAAGUGUUACAAAUAGCAAUGCUAGUGGCAGGUUUUACUUCAACAUCACUGGUUUUCCUUUCCCACUUGGUCCUUUUCUCAAUAGGCGCACUAUUAGGACUGAGGCUGUGAAGGAUUGUAUAUGGCUAUUCGAACAAGAGCAGGCAUUAGGCUUCAGCAGUGUUUCCACAAACAUUAGAAUGACAGUUAUCAAACUCAAAUCUGGGGGCUUAUGGAUCCAUGCACCCAUUGCUCCAACUGAUGAGUGUAUUCAGCUUAUUAAAGAAUUGGGGGCUCCAGUUGAAUAUAUUGUUCUCCCUACUUUUGCUUAUGAGCACAAAGUAUUUGUUGGUCCAUUUUCUAGAAAAUUUCCCCGUGCUCAGGUAUGGGUGGCACCAAGGCAAUGGAGUUGGCCAUUGAACUUACCAUUAGAAUUCUUCGGCAUUUUUCGUGCUAAAACCUUGGAAGAUGAAGAUUUAUCUGCUCCUUGGGCUGGUGAAAUAGAGCAAAAGAUUCUAAGCUCACCAGAAGUUGGAAUUGGACCUUAUGUGGAGGUAGCUUUCUACCACAAACCUUCAAAAACACUAUUGGUGACAGAUGCUGUUAUUUUUGUCCCAAGACAGCCACCUGAGUGUAUAAGCAAAGAAUCCUUAUUAGCAUCAGCAAAAAAUGGCUUGGCUGUUAAACUUCUUAGUAAAGGAAAGGAGGUACCUGACGAGCCAGUAGUUGACGACAAAAGGAACCGACAAAAAGGAUGGGAAAGAAUGGUUCUACAGAUCUUGUUUCUUGGUCCAUCGAACCUUUUAGAACCUAAUGCAAGCUUUGAACAGAUGUCACAAAAGUUGAUUGUUUCACCUAUUGUGAAGACUCUGGUCUUCAGUAAAGUUCCUGAGAAGGUUAGAGAGUGGGUUGAUAGCAUUUCGCGAGAUUGGAGGUUCAAGAGAAUAAUCCCUGCUCACUUUGCUGCUCCAAUAAGUGCAAGUAGGUCUGAUUUCAGGGCUGCAUUUGCAUUUUUGGAUGAGUUUUUGGGGGAAAGUAAUGCUGCAUGGCCUUCACUUUCCCUUCUCUUCUCAUCAAUCAUGGGAAAGGCAGCCAGCUAUUUUCCUCCGGAUGACAUGAGGACCCUAUCAUCCCUUGACCAGUUUUUGGUGUCUGUUGGUGCUGUGAAAAAAACUGUUUCAGGCAGGAAAAGGUGAGAUGAGAGGUGCAUCACAACUUGGCCUUGCCAAUACUUGUUAACUUUUCAAAUGUAAAAUAAGUAUAAUUUUGUUACAUUAGGAGCUCGAUUCUUAAGGAAAAUGUAAAUGUUGUUUGACAUUGGACUACAUAUACAUGUUGAGGAAACAAGGAAAUGUUUUACAUGGAAAGAUCUUUGAGGCAUAAGUGAGGGGGUAUACAUGAA